AUGAAGACCUCCGCGGAGUUGCAAGGACAGCACGACGAGAAGGGAGACCUCGAACAAGAGCCGGUUCUGGACGACCACGAGGAAAGACUCUUGACUCGCAAACUCCUCUGGAAGCUGGACACAAGAAUUCUUCCGCCUCUGGCCCUAUUGUUCCUGUGCUCGUUCCUCGACCGGACCAAUGUCGGAAAUGCGAGGCUGUACAAGCUGGAGGAGGAUGUGCACAUGACCGAUCGCCAGUACGACCAGGGCCUGGCCGUCUUCUACGCCACCUACAUCGCGAGCGAAGUGCCCAGCAACCUCGUGCUCAAGCGCGUCACGCCCAAGAUAUGGCUUCCCUUUAUCACCUUCGCCUGGGGCAUCAUCUCCAUGUGCCUCGGCUUCAUCCAGAACUUUGCCGGCUUCGUGGCCGUCCGCGCCGUGCUCGGUCUCGCCGAGGGCGGCUUGCUGCCCGGCAUGGUGCUGUAUCUCUCCACGCUCUACACCCGCAGCGAGCUCGCGCUCAGGAUCGGGCUGUUCUACACGGCUGCGUCGCUGUCUGGCGCCUUUGGCGGUCUCCUCGCGCGUGGGCUCGCCGAGAUUGGCGGGCGCGGCGGACUGGCAGCGUGGAGGUGGAUCUUCAUCAUCGAGGGCCUCUUCACCGUUGUCUGCGCUGGCUUCGCCUACUGGAUGCUCCCCAACGACUUGGGUACCGCGAGCUUCCUGUCUGAAGAGGAGCGCCUGCUUGCCAUUCGGAGGCUUCGUGGCGUCGAGAAUGGGGUCAGCAGCAGUGAGCAUGAGGUGCACGAGAAGUUCUCGUGGCGCGAGGUGAGACGAGGUGCCUUCAGCCCGCAGACUUGGCUCACUGCUUGCGCAUACUUUGGGAUCUUGGCAGGACUUUAUUCGUUUGGUCUCUUCCUGCCUACUAUUAUUGCUGCGCUUGGCUACACGGCCAACGAAGCGCAGCUGUGGUCUGUCAUCCCGUAUGCUGUAGCUGCGGUAGUCACUGUCAUCGUUGCCUUUGUGUCAGACCACUUCAAAGUACGCGGCAUCAUGAUGCUCGUCACCUUGCCGAUCGCGAUCAUAGGCUACGCCGUCAUUGCCAACACGACCGACCCGAAGGUCAAAUACGGCAUGAUCUUCCUCAUGGCUGUCGGUCUCUACAGCAGCGUUCCGCCGGUGCUGGGGUGGCUGGCAAACAACUCAGCUGGACACUACAAGCGCGCGACCGCAGCGGGCCUGCAGCUUGCCAUCGCCAACUGCGGGGGUUUCGUGACAGUAUUUGUCUACCCGAAGAAGGAGGGGCCGCAGUAUCACAAGGGACACACCAUCGUGCUGGGCUUGAUCACUGGGGGGUGGUUCCUGAUCCUGUGCAAUGUUCUCUACUGCGCCAAAAUCAAUAGAGACAAGGCCAGGGGCAAGUAUGCCGAGUUCGAAGGCAGCGGUGAUGAUCGCGAGCCCUCCUUCAAGCUCGUUCUGUGA